AUGGGAAAGAGAAGAAGAAAGAAUAAUAAAAAAGGUGGAGAGGAUGAAUCUCUCGAACAAAAAUUGGAAGAACGCCUUUCCAAAACUUGGUGUUAUUAUUGCGAUAGAGAAUUUGAUGAUGAGGCUAUUCUCAUUCAACAUCAAAAAACUAAACAUUUCAAAUGUCCCUACUGUCCAAAGAAAUUAGUAAGUGUAAAGGGAAUGAAGACUCAUGUGUUACAAGUUCACAAAGAAAACAUCAACUUUAUUCCGAACGCAAAACCUGAUAGGAACACGUUUGAUUUUGAAAUUCAAGGGACACAAGGUAUUCCAGAGUAUAUCCUCCUAGAGAGACAAAAGAAGUUGGAACUUGAAAUAUUUGGAAAGUCUGAUAUUCAAACCCAAGGAGAUAAUUUACCAGGAUCUCUUUUUGCAUCAUCCUCUGAAUCUAACGUAACUAAUACUUCUAGUUUAUCAAAUUCUAUUAACCAUCAACAUGAUGAUCACACAGAUGCAGUCGAAGGUGAUGAAGAGAGUACAAGCGAGAACGCAACCACCGAUGUAUCUAUUGAACCUCAAACUAAAAAGGUCAAGUCCACUCAAGAAGGGGUCACUCCUCAACCCAUUUCAUUCUCUCUCCAAAAGAAAAGCAAAAUUUCUGCCCCUCCAACCAUUUACAGAGCAGCACCUGUGCUAAAUACUAGUAGCUUCAACACGCAAGAUAAUCAAACCAACACUGCCACCAAUUUGAACGAGUCAGCUGAUGUCAGCACUCCUCAGAACAAUGCUGAGAGUCUCAAUGACAUUCCUAUUGAUGGUGAGGAUGACACUACAAGUCAUACAUCACAUCUUAUUUACAAAGAUGCCCUUUCCAUGGAGGAGAAAAGAGCUCUAGAUCUGAAAUAA